CCGACCCGGGACGCUAUCACCGCCAUUCCGCACCUGGCUCUUUUCAUUCGACACACUCGUUUCAAUCACACCAACCAUCUCCUUAUGUUUUGUCACAUCCGGCUACAAUGACGUCCACAACCUCUUCAUCGUCUUCCCUUGAAUCCAAGCAUGCGGUGCCUAAAUCCGUCAAGACAUAUCAGUUCUUUACACCCGAGAUCGCGUCCUACUUCAUUGCAGGAGGUGUAGCUGGUGCAGCGUCCCGCACAGUAGUCAGCCCUUUGGAGCGCCUCAAAAUUAUUCAGCAAGUCCAACCCAGAGGGUCUGGUCGAGAGUACAAGGGCGUAUGGAGAAGUCUGGUCCGCAUGUGGCAGGAGGAAGGCUUCAAGGGUUAUAUGCGCGGAAAUGGAAUCAACUGUUUACGCAUUGUACCUUACAGUGCCGUCCAGUUCACUACCUAUGAGCAAUUGAAAAAGUGGUUCACCGGCUAUGGAACUUUAGAACUUGAUACCCCAAAACGGCUCGCCAGCGGUGCUCUUGCAGGAAUAACAUCUGUCUGCUCCACAUACCCCCUUGACCUCGUUCGGUCACGAUUGUCCAUUGCCACUGCAUCCGUGAUGCACCAACAAGCCUCACAGGUGUCGGCUUCCUCCUCGCGACCCCCACUGACGGCGGGCAUCCACACGCAAAGCUCCAUACCACCAGUGCUGAAGUCGGAGUUGACAAUGCAGGCUAUGACACUGAAGGUGAUGCGUGAAGAAGGCGGUGUCCGUGCACUGUAUCGGGGGCUCGUCGCCACCGCGGUGGGCGUAGCGCCUUACGUUGGAAUCAACUUUGCGGCAUACGAGGCCCUCCGAGGUGUCGUUACCCCGCCUGGCAAGAAUACUGUGGUCCGGAAACUGGCAUGUGGUGCUCUUGCUGGGUCAAUAUCCCAGACGCUGACAUAUCCAUUUGACGUGCUGCGAAGAAAAAUGCAAGUGACGGGGAUGAAAUCGGGAGGGAUGGCGAAAUAUAAUGGGGCGUUUGACGCGCUUUUUUCGAUCGUUCGGACGGAGGGGCUCAAGGGGCUGUACCGUGGAUUGUGGCCAAAUUUGCUGAAAGUUGCACCUAGCAUAGCGACGUCGUUCUUCACAUACGAGCUGGUGAAGGAUUUUCUGACACAAGAGUAGUAGAGAAACUGUAGAUGUUGCAGAACACUAUAGAUUUAAGUAGGUGGAGGUAGAAAGCUUAAGCUAUUCUGGAGGUUGAGCGUAGUUGAUUAGUACCCUACGUAGUUCGUAGUAUUGUAGAAUAGACUUUUUUGUCUCAAACAUGUGCAUGAAGCG